GAUCACUGGAAGCAACAUCUGUCACCAACUAACAGGCUAAUUAAUAACUCGCGCGGUCGAUCGCAAGUGUUCAAACAAAUAAUUAACAAGUGGCUGUGCGUGAAAUAAAUAAUUCGUUUUGCUGUAAUGGAUACCUAAAAACUCUUUUAUAAGUGCAAAUAAAUUCAUAGUGUAAUAUGUCAGUUGUUAUUACAAUAAAUAAGAUGACGAAUCGAAAAUAUUUUAUCGGUUUUGUGUUAACAUGCAUGGUUACUUUAUUCACAUUUUCUUAUGAUCUGAUUUAUAAUACGGAAUCGAUAUAUUUUGAACGUUUAAAACGAUUAAAUGUUUCAUUAAAAUAUGUUCUAGUUUGGACGUCACUUAAGACUGAACCAUUAAUUAAUUUCCGAGUGGCUAGAAAUACAUUCAUUGAGAGGUCAUGUCCUGUUACGAGCUGUUUUGUGACGGGAAACAGAGAGUUGUUGCAAGACAUAACGGAGUUCGAUGCGAUAGUGUUUCAUGCUCCAGAAUUUGUACAGAAGGGAGUGAGGGAGUUGCCACAGCGCCGUAAGUCACACCAGAAAUAUAUCUUCACUAGUAUAGAGUCCCCAGCAUAUUAUCCAAUCUGUAAUGAGAAAUUCCUGAACUUUUUCAAUUGGACAUGGACUUACAAAUUGAACUCUGAUCUAAACUAUGCUUACAUGUCUGUGUGGGAUAAGAAUGGUAAUGUGAUAGGACCUAAAGACGAAAUGCAUUGGAUGAAGGUGGAGGACAUGUUGCCAAUAAAUGACACUUUGAAGGAAAUAUUGAAUGGCAAGACUACGGCAGCUGCGUGGUUCGUAUCAAACUGCAGAGCACGAAGUGGACGAGACUUAAUUGCCAAAAAGCUACAAAUUGAACUCCAGACGUAUGGUAUGCGAUUGGACAUAUAUGGAUCUUGUGGAACCAUGAAGUGUUCAAGGUCGAGUAUGAAUGAGUGCUUGCGCAAAUUGCGGAGUGAUUACUAUUUUUAUUUGUCUUUUGAGAAUUCGUUCUCGGAUGACUACGUGACGGAGAAAUUGUUGCAUGCACUCGACAACUACGCUGUGCCAGUGGUGUAUGGAGGCGCUAAUUACACGAGAUUCAUGCCAGAUGGAAUAUACUUGUCUGCAAACACGUUGACAAUAAAAGAACUAGCCAAGAAAAUGGUGGAUAUCAUACAGAACAAGGAGUUAUUUUAUGAGUACUUCAAAUGGCAUAAUCAUUACAGUUACCGGGAUGUAGGGGCUUCAGUAACUACGGAUCCUUAUUGCAAAUUGUGCGAGGCAAUCAAUAAUGAUGAAGAAAUGUCAAAAAGAACUGUCUACAAAGAUAUUGGAGUGUGGUGGAGCCCCAAGGAAUGCCAGGUUAAGACUACUCUAACUCCUUUAAACGAGCAAUCCUUGUAUAUAUUUAUCAACGAUCUCGGAAACGGCUCUAACGAAAUUGUUGUUUAGUGUUUAGGGGAUUUCAGGGACAAUAAAUCGAUUUAGCUAGGUUUUAUUUUCUGAAUAUGU